GAUGAUUUGUUUUAGGAUUUAGAUGUAUGAUCUAGGUGUAGUUAGGAUUUAGGUAAGAUUUAAGUGUAUGACGUAAGGAUUUAGGUAGAAUUGAAUAUUAAGGUGCAUAUAUGUUUUUAGGAUUUAGGUUGAUUUAGGAUUUAUGUGAUUGAUAUGUCUUUGUUGUCCAUUUAUGCAGAUAGACAAUGUCAGGUAGAGAUAAAGAUAUUGUAUGGGAACAUGGUGAAAAUUUUUAUCCCGGAUGGCGGUGCAAGUAUUGUAAUACGCAGAAAGCAGGAGGUGGUGCGACUAGAUUGAAACAACAUUUGGCUCACCGCGGGGCGGAGGUGGUCCAUUGCAGGAAUGUGCCGCCAGAUGUGCGGGAGUAUUUUCAGCGUGACAUUGAGAAGGCUAGGAAGGCAACUGCUGAACGGGCUCGAGAGAGGUUGAGACGGGAGAAGGCUGCAGCGGAGGGAAACUAUCCCGGUGAAGAAGAAGAUGAGGAGACUCAGCUGCAGCGUGCCUUGGACCAAUCGAGAGCGGAAGCAGUGUACCGACGGGGGGUGGAACAGAGAGGAGGUGUAUACGAGCAUGGAGGGGAUAGUGGUUCGACGAGGGGGAAUCCUUUGCAGAGGAUGUUGCGUAGGGCAACUUCGCAGAGGGAGAGUCCUGCGGUGGAGGAUUAUAACGUGGCAUCCGGUGGGAGAAGAGGAAUGACCCAACAAAGAAUUGAUACAGGCUCCUGGACGCAGAAGGGUAGAAAUGCAAAGGAAGCUAUUGGUAAAGCUUGGUCAAAGUUUUUCCAUUUUGCGGGAGUACCUGGAAGACAGGCUGACAAUCCUUACUUUGUCAGCGCGGUCAGGGAGACACAGAAGUGGGGUGAAGGUAUCGCAUCACCAACUGGACGGGAUAUUGAUGGCAAGUACCUUGAUCAGAACGAGCAAGACUUGAAGACGAGGUACGUAAAGUUUCGGAAAGACUGGCCCUUAUUUGGCGUCACGUUGAUGUGUGAUUCAUGGACUGGGCCGACGAGGAUGAGUGUCAUCAACUUUUUGAUAUACUGCAAUGGAGUCAUGUGGUUCCACAAGUCUAUUGAUGCGAGUGGAAGAACUCAAGAUAGCACAUAUUUGCUUAGGGAGAUUCGAAAGGUGGUGGACGAGAUUGGACCGGAGAAUGUCGUGCAUAUAGUCACCGAUAAUGGCUCGAAUUACAAGAAAGCUUGCAAGGCACUAGGAGAGGUGUAUGAACACAUUCUUUGGACACCUUGUCUAGCACACACCGUCAAUUUGAUGUUGAAGGAUAUAGCUCGAAGGCCCGAACAUUCUGGUACGAUCAAGCAAUGCAAGCGAAUUUCUAAUUGGUUACACAAUCAUGGUCAGUUGAAUACAAUGAUGAGGAACGCAAUCGGUGGUGAGUUGGUCAAGUGGAAUGCCACUCGAUUUGGAACCAAUUACAUGUUCUUAGAGAGCAUAUAUCGGAAACGUGAUCGUUUCAUGCAGUGGAUGGCAUCUACUGAGUUUUUACAAAGCAAAUGGGCAGAUACCGAAGAUGGUCGAUUUACUCAUUCCAGGUUUUCAAAUUUGGAGUGGUGGGACGGAUUGAAAUAUGUCAUCGACACAGUUCAAGCAAUAUACAAGUUCCUUCGCUUCGCUGAUCAGGACAAGCGGCCCAACAUGUGCGAAGUCGUGAUGUCGUACCAGAAUACGAGACAGGAGCUGCAAUCUUUCUUUGGAAAUAAUGUUUCCACUCGGGACGAGUAUCUUAAGGUUAUGGACGAUAGGAUGCGUGACCUUUUCAUAGGCACGUAUGUGGGUCCAGCUGCUGUCCUAAAUCCGAGGUAUUCAUACACGAUGGAACCAACUCAAGAAAUGUUCCGUGGACUCAAGGAUACUUUUGAGCGCAUGACGGAUGUCCAGAGCGCCGUGCAGGCAUUGCAGGAGCUUGAGGUGUUUCGGCAGAAGGUUGGCGAGUUUGGCAGUGAAAUGGCAAUGAGAAACUUAACAAGCUGGUCUAUGUCAACUACAACCUUCGUCUGCGACUAG